AUGAGUGUGUGUUUGUCAAAUUUAACUGGUGAUGUUCAAAAUUGGCCAUCUAAUAUGAGUCUUGUAUUAACAGUAAAUGUUGAAGCAGCUUUAUACAAUGAAUAUAUGUUUAGUUGGGAACCACUUAUUGAACCAACAAUUAUUUCUGAAGGUGCACGUAUUUCACCAUGGUGUAUUGCAUGCUCAUUCGUAUCCGUAAGCAUAUGGCUCAGGAAACUUUUUUCUAGUGUCUUUUCAUUCAAAUCCAGAUAUGCAUUUGACGUUUUCUUUGUUUUUAAUAACUACUUAUAGCCCAGAUUGAGUCCGAUUGAUCUGCUUCACAGAGAGAUCCGAUCGUGUCGAAAUUCAAGACUCCUUCUUGAUCCUUUGUUUUUUAAAGAAUUGUCCCUUGUAUAGAUCACAAGGUACAGUUAAACAUGUGUCGAAAAAGUCGAAAAUAACCAUUAUGAAUAAAUAUGGAAAGAAAAUUUCAUUUUUUUUUCAUUCCAUAGAACGAUACAUCAUGUUGAUUAUAUAAACAUUAAGUUUAAUAAAAAAACAAAUAUUGAUAUCCUAUAGAACUAUAAUUUAAUCUAUUUCUUAUUCCAGCAAGAUGAAGAGGAAGAAUAUUAUAGAAAAACUAUUUAUAACGUAUGUUGCUAGUAUUAUUGGCGAUGAAUUUAUUUCUAACUAAACUCAACUGAUAAAUUGAAUAUUUUAUUCGAAAGAUAAAAUAUGUCUGCAUUUUUUUUGCUAAUUUACAGACUCUUCCAUCAGACCCGUUGUCAGAAAUUUUUUAAGGGGAAGACCGAAUCCAAAUUUUUUUCUAAAGUUGCAAAGAACUUUCUCGUACGAUUUUCAAUAUCGACACUUUCGUUCUUAAGAGAGGUUUUGCGAGGGUGUGGCUUACGAUAAGAUCGAAAGCUACACCCACAUCCGACCUCGGCUGGCUCCAAUAUUUACGUUGGAUUAUUAUGAUUGAUUAUUGCUAUGCCUGAAUAGUAUUUCGUUUGCUCAAUAUUUUCUAAGCGUAC